AUUUAUCUGCGUCGAUAUGCCUGCUCUUCAAAACGUACGUCCCAUCCGUCGGUCGUUUAGUUUUCUUUUCGCCUUUUUUAUAUAGUAUCUGUUUUUUUGCAAUUUCAAAGUCUUGACGUUACAUUAGUUUUUAUAAUAAUUUCUCCGGAGAUAAUAGUACUAUGAUCGGCGAAUGGAUCUUUAACACCAGUUGGUUACUGGUUUUGGCUGUGUUCGUCAUUUCCGUUUUGGUUUUACAUUAUGGCGGUCAUAAUUUUCUACGACGAUUCGUUGUUCAACACAAAGUUUAUGAAACUGACGUCCUUGUAUAUCAAAAAAAUAAGGAAACGAAGGCCACUUAUACAGAAUCGCCAUCGCUCUAUCAAUUUGAAGGAGACAGUACUUUGAAGACAGAUUCUACGGUCGAAUCAAAUCCAGAAAUAACAUCUGAUAUUAAGUAUUUUAGCAUACAAUGUAAAGACAGUGGAUUAAGCGUGAAGAGUACCGUAGAAAUGGAUCGGGAGACCGUUUGUGAUGAUACAGAAAAUGACUUGAUGGUUUCUCAACUGGCUUUGGACGAGUCCUCGAAGUCGACAGAUUUGUCUGAAAACAGUUCAUCAUUUACAGAUUUAUCAGGCGAGACCAGUUCGAUAGAACUGAAUAAAUAUACUGAAUACAUUGAAUCCGUUUGCCAACAAUUCGUCAAAAAUCACGUAGAAAAUAAAGAUAUUCAGAUCAGUUGCGAAAAAAACGAUGAGAUGAUUUUAUCUGAAGAAAAUGUAUCUUACAAUUGUGAAACAGACGUCAUUGGCUUGCUUAAUUUACAACAGUCGUCUACUGAUGUUAGCAUUAACGAUGAGGAAUGCAAUAUAAUCGCUAACGUUGUGGAAGAAAUCUCUAAAGUGGCGUAUUCAGAUCGCAGUAAUAGAAGUUCUACCACGUCACUAUCGGACUCGGUGUCUAGCGGAACCAAGUCUAUAGAAGCGGUCAGUAAACAAGUUCAACCGGAACCGUGUACAGCGCUGCCGAACAAGAACGGUAGUGGCGACGGUAGAUGUACUUAUGACGAAAACUAUGAGGAGCUACUUGAAACACCUAAAGGAAAAAUGAAAAACUACAUUCCAUGCACUCACGCCGAGUUCGAUUUGAACAGUUCAACUUCGCAGUACACCGAGUCAUUGCCGAGUACGAUUUACAGCGACGACAUUGAUGUAGAGUUUAUGGAAGAUUUCAGUGAUAUAGACUUUUCCAUGGGUCCCGAUCAUUUGAACGACGCUUUUAUUGAAGAAUAAACGAACAGUGAUAUUUUUAACACAAUGUAUAUCGAUUAAGUAUUUUUGUAAUAGUAAAACAAAUACAUACACAGAAACAAGUUUUAUCAGUCUUUUAUCCAA